AUGCGACUGCCCUGGGGCCACCGCCACACGGCAGCCCGGCCUCGACGGCCAAACGCCUUGGGCCUUUUGUCGAUUUUAUUAUCCUCAUCCCCCUUCUCAACCGCAUUCAAAUUCGAAGAGGCACCGUCGGCCAAUCUUGAUAUAUCCGGGCUGGGAAGGAUAGCUCUUGCUGGAGAUUUCAGCGGGAUCUCGUUAUACGAAUACAAAGAGCAGACUGGGAGACCGUCCGGCACCAAUGGAAGCGAAUCGCUUGUCGCGGUUCUCCCCAAUGGCGCCCUCGCCACCCUGGUAUCGACCGAUGCAACUAUCCGGGCCAUGUGUACAUUUCAACUCAAGAAUGGUGAAAUGCAAGGAAUCAUAAUUGGCGGUAAUUUUACGAGCUUGGACGGUACGCAAUCGACGGCGAUCGCACUCUACAAUCCAGACACAGGCAAUGUUACUCCUCUGGACGGCUUGAAAGGUGAAGUAAAUGCCCUCUAUUGCGACAAAGACAGGGACACCGUAUACGUUGGGGGUAAUUUUAAGGGUGCCAACUCUACGAAUGCAAUCGCCUGGUACGGAUCUGAAGGGUGGACGAAUCUCCCAUUUGCUGGAUUCAAUGGCCCAGUCGAAUCGAUCACCAAAGCUGCCAGUGGGCAUAUUAUCUUUGGAGGAAGUUUUACUGGCUUAGGCAAUUCCAGCUCUCCAACCGAACCUGACGGGCAGGUUGUAAACAUUGCAACUGCUACGAUCUCGUCACAAAAUACCGCCUCCGGAAGUAACCACUCAAGCAUUCUUUGCCCUAGCAGCAAUUCCUCGGAUUCAGCCAGCUGGCUCUUGCAGGACAAAACUGCAGGUGUUUGGGACGCACAGCUCGGCUUUGGUUUCGAACCGACUAAGCUUAGACUAUGGAACACCCACAAGGAUGGCCGUGGUACCAAGACGUUCCGAUUCACCGCUUUCCCAUUGAACGGCAUCAUGAACUUUACCUACGUGGACCCAGCCAGUAAAGAGAACAAGACCUGCACUAGCGAAUGUCAAUUGAGCGAUAAUUCCGACGUCGAGUACCAGGAUUUCCAUUUCGUCAACCGAGUUGGCAUGAAUAGAUUCACGAUUUCGAUCUCUGACUGGUACGGCUCCGGCGGUGGCCUCAAUGGGAUUGAGAUCUUCCAAGACAACAUCUUCUCAUAUGCUAUCAACGACUUCAACGACCCUUCGUGUGGCUCUAUUGAUUUCCCAUCCAAGGCAACAGUGACUGGGCCCUGGACCGAAUCCCCCUCUUUGGAGAGCAAUUCCAAGUAUCUCACGAGCACACUAACUAGCAACUCCAGUGCCGAGAAUCUCGCAGUCAAGUUUCUCCCAAAUAUCAGAGAAUCAGGCAACUACUCGGUUGAUAUGUAUACGCCAGGAUGCCAGCCGGAUGGAACCUGCUUGUCGAGAGGCCGUGUCAACGUGACGGGCUACAUGAAGUCCGGUUCUGAUGAGCCUGAUUUCAGCAUCACACUUUAUCAAACGAACAACUUCGACAAGUAUGACCAAAUUUACUUUGGGUACAUCGAGAACAGUGCAGACAACUUCAAGCCAAGCGUUGUAAUCACUCCCAUUGACGGCCAAUCCGUCAAUGGUCAGGUAAUGGUCGCACAAAGAGUAGGCUUCACGUUGAUCAACUCAACCGGCGGCUUGAAUGGCUUGUACGACUUCAACCCAGAUUUGAGUGUGGUUAGCACAGACGAUUUCCAAAAAUCGGCGAUUAAUCGGCUUGGCGCAAGCUUCGACCAUAAUACGGGAGUUAAAAAGUUGCUCACAUCGGGCAACGACACAUUUAUUGCAGGCAAUUUCACAUCCGACAAGCACGUCAAUAUUGUCGCUAUUAACCGCAGUGACGAUGUGCGUGCUCUCGACGGUGGAUUGAACGGGCCGGUCUUGGACAUGUACUUGAACGGGACACAGCUCUACGUCGGAGGCGAGUUCAACAAUACCCGUACGAACGCCAACACUGGAAUGAACCACGUCGCGGUAUAUGAUAUGGAUAAAGAUACAUGGAGCGCUCUUGGAGCGGGUGUUGAUGGGAGAGUUCAAUAUGUGGUACCGCUGCAGGCAAACAUCACAUCAGACACACCCGAGACUGUCAUCACACUCACUGGCUCUUUCUCAAAGUGCAACAAGUUCAACGACAACGAGGCCAUCAGUGUCAGCGGAUUUGCAGUUUGGGUACCCUCUCAAAACAACUGGCUCCAAAAUCUCGACGGCCCAGUCCCAAGUUACAGCGGUGUUCUGACUGAUGCACUGCUGGACAUUCCGAACACCGAUGCUAUUUAUGCCGGCUCACUUUCUUCGGCUCAGAUGGGUGCUAGCGGCGCUGCUUCUCUAGACAAGGAUGGCCUCGGCAGAUUUCCAGUGUCUAUUGGUGGUAUAGAGACUUCUUCUUCAGGGCUUUCGCGCCGUGAUGUGGCGUCCGAUGACAGCAACCCCGGAGUUGCCGCGGGUCAUUUCUAUACCGAGCAAGACCGCAACCUCACAAUUUUUGCCGGACACUUCACUGUUCAACCAGAGAACGGAUCCGCCAUCCAUAACCUUGUCAUCAUUGAUGGAGGCAACAAAGACUCUGCUUCCGGGCUUGGCGACAGCAUCGAUUCCAACUCUACUUUCCUUGCCAUAGAAAUCGUAGAUAGCGUUAUCUAUGCCGGAGGACGGGUCACCGGUAAAGUGGGCGAUUCUAAUGUUGGGGGCAUCAUUGCUUACGACUUGUCAUCCAAAUCCUUGGGGGAGCAGCCUGCCGCGCUAUCUGGUGGCAAUCGAACCGUGUCUGUCAUCAGUGUUCGGCCCGACACUCCUUCUCAACUCUUUGUUGGUGGCUCUUUCACGGGCGCUGGAUCAUUAGACUGCCCGGGAAUAUGCAUUCUUGAUACCGGCACAAAGCAAUGGUCCCGUGCCGGUGGUAACGUUGGUGGAGAUGUCCGCUCUUUUCUCUGGAAGGAUAAGAAGACCCUUCUAGUUGGUGGCAGCCUAAAGAACACCUCACUGUCCAUCUACAGUCCUGAAAAUCAGAGCUGGGAGGACUACCCGAGCUCUGAUAAGCUCCCUGGCCCUGUUGACAUUGUUGCCCCCGCUUCUAGUGACCGGAGCCAGGUGUGGGUUACCGGCCGAUCCUCGACGGAUUCCACUAUCUUCAUCAUGAAAUACAAUGGAAAGGAGUGGUUGACAGUUCAACAUUCUCUGGCCAACUCCACAGACAUCCGGGGUCUCCAGGUCUUCAGUCUUACAAAGGAUCACGACGAGACUAAUCUACUUGAGAACAACCAUGUCCUAAUGUUGACUGGGUCUGUUGGCCUCCCGGACUACGGUGUCGCUGCUGCCGCUCUCUUUAACGGCACUACGUUUGUACCGUAUGCCCUCACAACCAGCAGUGGAAGCGAACCUGGAGUCAUCUCUGCAAUCAUCUCUGAGAAGGAAGACUUCUUCACAUCAAGUGGAAACCACCUCGCUUUAGUUUUUGUUAUCCUAAUUGGUCUUGCCAUUUCGCUGGGACUCAUACUACUCCUGGUGGUUGGAGGAAUCCUGCUCGAUCGACUUCGAAAACGUCGCGAGGGCUACAUCCCUGCUCCGACCUCAAUGUAUGACCGAGGAAGUGGCAUCCUGAGAAUUCCUCCGAGUGAACUCCUCGAGUCACUUGGUAAAGGCAAAUCUAGUGCUCCGCGCGUCUAG